AUGGCCCCUGCACUAAGGAUGACACGCUCAGUGAGUUAUCAGCUGAAAACAUUGCUGUUGACCACAACUCACACCUCUGACAGAUCAAAGAGAAGCUACCAUUUUUUUAGCAAAAUUAUCGGCCAGCGUUCGAUCUGUGGGUCGACCAUUCAUCUUGGUGUUGUUUUUUACGCUAAGGCAGCUACCGAGCCCUGCUGGGCACGGUCUUUGCAUAGACAACAACGCUAG